GAGAAAUGAAGAAGAAAACAGAGAAAGAAGAACCAAAGACAAACAAGACACAGAAGUAAAGUUCUGAAAAAGCGAGAAGCUACAAUAGACGAAAAGAUGAAGACCUUUACCCUCCUCGUCCUCUUUGCUGUGCUGACGGCCUGCAUGUCUACAGGAGUAGUGAAUAUUGUUGCUGAACCCGACACCCCACCUGCAACUGAUGCCCCUGCAGUGCCAGACUCUUCCUCCGAAUCAGACUCCGCAUCAGACUCCGUAUCAGACUCUGCAUCUGACUCUGCCUCCGACUCAGCAUCAGACUCUAAUUCUGCAUCUGAUUCUGCUUCAGAUUCCGCUUCCGAUUCUGUAUCUGAUUCUUCUUCAUCUGAGUCCAACUCCAACAGUGUGGAAGCCACAAGUGCACCUGAACAUGUGAUGGUGAAGAGAUCUCUGGCCACGGCUCUGCUGAGAAGGCAUAGAAGAGCAGGUACAUCUGCAGCAGACCUGACCCCAGUUCAGCUGGAGAGCCUGAGAGAGGUGUGCGAGCCCAACGUAGCCUGUGAAGACAUGUCCGACACCGACGGUAUCGUGGCAGCUUACACCGCAUACUACGGCCCCAUCCCGUUCUAAACGUCCUCAAAGAGAAGCUGCUUCUGCAAGGACUCAAAGCUAAUCCAGAUUUAGAUGGAACUAAAAUCAGCUUUGCGGUAGUUGAACGAGUCUCACUAUCACCUCUGCUUUGCAAAGAGGUGAAGGGAGAAUAAAAAAAAAGACUGUUUUGGCUUUUACCCUCAACAGCUCCAGACUUUGCUUUGCUGUUUGUUUUUACUGAAACCACUAAAGAGUUUCUGGUUUUGUAUCAGAGGUACCAGAGGCCACAACCACAGUGAUAACUCGUAUAUACAGUAGUCUAAGUAUAGCAUGAGUAUUUCACUAUGUGCAUGAUCUCUAGGGGUCGAGCAACCUGACAACUGUAUACUGUCACAGGGACUGUAAAAUGCCACAUCUGCUAAUGUAGUGUUUCAUCAAAGAGCUAUUUUGUUUAAUCUGCAUAGAUCUAGGAAUGGCACAUUUGUAGGCAAUACAUAAACAUAUCAUCCGUCUUAAAUUAUUAGUGUUUUGUGGAGUUUAUGUUGUUUUAAAGGCUCAUUGCCAUCUUUCAUCACAAAGGUGCUAAACCUCCUUAUGUAACACUCAAAGGGAGAUACAAUCAUAAACUGUACUUUAGUUACUUACAUUUGCUAUAGUUGAUCUAGGACAUGUCUUUUUAAGGAUAGUCUUUUUUAUAUACACGUAGCAUUUCUUCUUACAAUGAUGUAGAAAAUGCUAGAACCUGUACAUUGUUUUAAUAAAAAAAAAAUUACAUGUAUGACUGUGAAA